ACAUGAAGUUUUCGUAUUCUGAGUUUUCCUCAAUCCUAACCUAACUUUGUCUUCAGUUCCGAUCAUUUUAGGUUAGAUUUCUGAUUAGUUAUUAUUUUCUAAAAUGUUUACAUUCAUUCUUUCAUAUUUUGACUAUAUUAUUUAGCCUACACUUGGCAUAAUAGUUAUCUUGCACCUGCAAAAUUUAGGCUAUCUAAACUGCUUCAAUAUGAAUAUUUCUAAUAGGAUAUCAAACUUGUUCAUUGUUCGGAAAUUCAGUAUUUCAACAGUAGAUUACAAAGGGUAUAACAAUAGUAAUUUUCAUGCAAAUCGAGAAGGAAGAAUGAUGAACAAGAUCAUGUCUGGCAGAAAAAAUAAACCAAAUAGCAAGAGAUACUACCCGGACAUUGACAUGCCCAAUGUUGGAGGAACGACAAAUUUUUUCGAUUUUGUUGGAAAACAAUCAGGAUCUUCAAAGCCUCAAAAAAGACUCGUUGUCUUGAAUAAAAUGCUCAUGAGAAAUAUAAGCGACAUUUUAUCCACUGGUGAACUAAGCUCCACUCUCCAUGGUACAGGUCUUCAUUUAUCAAAGGUGGCCAUUUCUCCGACUUUGAACCAGAUCAAUGUUCAUUGGCUCGCUGAUGGAAACGAGGAAGCGGACAACGAGACAACGAAGCGCCUAGCCGAAAUUGCGCCUGAGUUGCGCCAUAGUCUCUCGCAGCUCAGCCUCAUGGGAUCGAUACCGAAAAUCGAAUUCGUUAAAGACUGCAAGUACUUGAAGUUCAUAGCAGUGGAAAAUUUGCUUAAAAAAGCUGAUUUCGGAGAAGACUUUGAACCGACUCCAUUAGGCAAUGACUGGAAAUCGCAAAAAGUUCUGGAAAAAUCUAUUCCUGAUCAUUUAAAGGAAAAAAUUCGAGAAACUGAGAGUGGUGCAGACGUAUGUGAAGAAACUCUACCUGUUAUGCAAAUGAAUGUCCUGGGCCUCAAUCAGGAGACCAUCAUGAAUAAGGUAAGGCAAUAUCAAAGGAAAUAAUGGAAAUAAUCCAGUGGCGAAGCUACCUAUAACUAAAAGGGGAGUCUAGGAACUCUAAGGGUGGGCACACACCGUUAGUCAAGACAAGACUAGUCACAAUUAGUCACAAUACUUCACAUAGUUGCUUAUGAAGCAACACACACCGAUUAGUCAUUGCAAUUAGACAU